AUGCAGACCAUAAAGUGUGUUGUCGUGGGGGACGGUGCUGUAGGUAAAACAUGCCUGCUCAUCUCAUACACCACAAACAAGUUCCCCUCGGAGUACGUCCCUACGGUUUUCGACAACUAUGCCGUAACUGUAAUGAUCGGAGGAGAGCCCUACACUUUGGGCUUGUUUGAUACAGCAGGUCAGGAAGACUACGACAGACUACGACCUCUGAGUUAUCCACAGACAGAUGUCUUUCUCGUCUGUUUUUCGGUUGUUUCUCCCUCCUCCUUCGAAAACGUAAAAGAAAAGUGGGUUCCAGAGAUCACUCACCACUGUCCAAAGACCCCUUUCCUGUUAGUGGGGACACAGAUCGACUUGAGGGACGACCCUUCCACUAUAGAGAAGCUCGCCAAGAACAAGCAGAAGCCCAUCACCCCAGAGACGGCAGAGAAGCUGGCCAGAGACCUGAAGGCAGUGAAAUAUGUGGAGUGCUCAGCCCUGACACAGAAAGGCCUAAAGAAUGUGUUUGAUGAGGCGAUAUUGGCCGCACUGGAGCCCCCAGAGCCCAAGAAGAAGCGCAAGUGUGUGCUGCUAUGA